AUGAUAUUAGAACAAACAAGAUUAGAAGGCGAAAUUUCCAUCCGCUUUUGUGAAAAGUCAUUGAAGUCCAAACAACACGUUGACAGAACACCAAAGAAUAAGACGAUGGACAGGAUCCGAAUGUUUUUGGGAUACCCACUCCCACACCAGAUCGAAAAGUCGUGUUUGAUCGUGUUAAAGUAUGUUCUCUGUGACUCCUCGCGUUCAUUGAACAAUUUACAAAAAAGUAAAAAGGGAAUUGGUGCGACGACAAUACAAAUUGUGGUUAAGAGCAAAUUGGCGAACGGAACAUCGUCGAUGAAAAUAGUGAAAAGGGAAGUUAUGAUGGAACAAACGCAUUGUGGCACUUUAAGUAAUAUCUGA